UUUAGAAAUACCGGAAGUGGCACGAGAAAAAAUUAAAUUUUACAUUUUUGUGUAUUUUCUUGUUUAUUAGGAUAAACUUCCAUUUGAAAUAGGUGAUGCAAUUCUGAUUUUGUUCAACCUCAACUCAAUGAAGUCCAUGGCAUGAAUAUACUAUAAUGGCUGGAAUGGUACCAGGUGGAGUUCCUCCCUCAGAUGAGCAAGCAGUAUUACAGUUUAAAGAAUUUCUAUCAAAUUACAACAAAUUGACAGAACAUUGUUUUAAAGACUGUGUACAUGACUUCACAACUAGGAAAAUACACGAUUCAGAGAAUAGUUGCAGUACUAAUUGUAUGGAGAAGUACAUGAAAGUAACAGCUAGGAUAUCUCAGAGGUUUCAGGAGUACCACUUCAUGCAGAAUGAGGCACAGGGUAUACCUCAAGCUCCACAGCCCCAACAACCAGCACAGUCAGGCUGGUUUGGUAGAUAGGCAAUGUAACUACCUCAGGACUUGCAACUUGUAGAAACUCUAAAAGGAACAUAUCUUGAAAUUGCAGGAUAGAGAUUAUUUCAAUUGCAAAACCAGAAGAAACAGUAAGGAGGGUAUUUUGGAAAGAUUAAGUCCACUGCUUGGAUAGAUGUAUACAAGAAGACUAUUACUUAUUCCUAUUAUGCCCAUGGUCUCAGGCUUUUUUCCUUUGACGAGUUCUGUGACCAGAUUCUAGGGGUAAAAAAGAAUCUGUCUUUUAUAAUAUAUUGACCAUUAAUUUGAAUCACAUAUCCUUCAAUCAUUGCCCAACUGAGUUAUUUUAGAUUAGAAUAGGUUGAGUUAAAUAAAGGUUGGUGAAAGAUUUUUGAAUGAGUUGAAAUCACAUUGUGCCACGCCUUUUUUCAACCUCAGUCAUUUUCAACAAAAUACAGUUUUUAUGAUGUAGAUUGUAGUUUAUUAAUUAAUGUGAACAAUGUUUUAUAAUGAAAAGUGUCAUUAUAAAAUAUAAAAAUUAAUAUAAACUGA